AUUUGUUCAACUUCUACCGAAUGGUUAGUAACAUGUGUGAAGUUGUCUCGAUGCUUGCCUCUCUGCUGUUUAUAGUGACAACACUGGUUACACAAGGUCGCUGCGAUGACUGCGACCCCAGCGAGAUCGAAAAAUAUUUCGAUGAGGCUCCAGAUGCGUGGAAGCUUGUUGAAUCAUUCCUAGACACAUUUUACCUCAUGUAUCAUUCCAAAAAUCCUCAAUUCGACGAAAGCCAUUCCUGUUUGAGAGCAAUGAGAUAUGAAAUACAUUCCCGAGAAAAAAAGGCAAAGUACAUGUUUCAUUACUCAGUUCCUGAUUCUGGAACAGUAAGUAGAUCGGUGAGUGUCGAAGCUCGAAAGAUGGACAAAUCAUAUGAAAAAGAAAAUAUGUUCCUCGUGGACGAUCCAACAGUCACUUCAACGCCAGCGGCAAAUAAAAAAGCACAACCCACCAGAGAAUUACGUGAAAAAAGACAACAACAGACUUAUCAAUUGCUUUUCACGGAUUACGAAUACUGCGCAGUUCUAAAAUCGGCAUUCUUGGGGAUUCAAGUUUGGGUAACGGAAGGUUACUUGAAAAAACACAACGAUGUACCAUAUGGAUGUUCCUUGGCGUAUGAUUUGAUGGCCGACCAAAACAAAACUCUUUCGUACGACUGGAAAAAAUGCCAUGUUUUUACGCGUACCGAGCUAUAG